AUGGUCAUUCCCGACGGUGCAGAAAAUUUGGAAGGACAAGAUGUUGCUGCUGCAAGUGUCGUGGGCAUUGGAAAACCUGUCUUCGUUGCGGAUAAGGUUAUAAAAUUAGAAGAACCUGAAUUUAGCGAAGAGGAGAAUAUUGAAAUCAACGGCAUCAAAAUUUGGCCUCAUGUUGUUGAAGUCGUGAGACUCGUGCGCAAGCCACAUGCGCGAGAACUUUAUAGGAAGUGCACUGCCUUUAUCCAAAGCCUCAGGGAUACUGGAUUGAAAUCUGAUAUGGCCAUCUGGGAUGGAUAUGAGUAG